AUGACCUGGCCUCGAGACACAGCGAUAGAAAUCAACGAGGAAGGAUUAAAUAUUUUCGAUUAUCCAAGUGAGCCUGGGAGCUUUGAAGGGAUCAAAGUUUCAACGGAGGAAGAUAAGGUUAGAGUCGAGGAAGGUGGUUUAUCGUAUAUAGGGCAUACAAAGGGGGAAAAGGACUACAAUUAUUGCUUGGAAUAUGAUGAUGAUAGUGGGAUAGUUAGGAUAAUACCAAUAAAACACGAGUAUACGCUUCAACAGCUGGAGAACGUGGAUGAUUUCUUGGACAAGGAGCUAUUGGAUGGAUUCCAGGAUAUUUCAGAUGAAGAUGAUGAUCCACCUCAAUCAUCAAUUCCUGUUACAGCAAAUACCAGUUCAAAUACCCAGCCAAUGAGCUUGAAUGAUUAUUUGGGGAACACAUCAAAUAAAGAAGUCGAUGACGUUGUAUCCAGUUCAGAUGAAUCCAACUAA